CCGACCUCUCAAUCAAAGGCUACAACAACAACAAAUUAGAGAAAAAUGCAUCAAUUCAUGUUGAAUUUCUUGUUGAUCUGCACGCUAAUUUCGUACUGCUAUGGUUGUGUCCAAAACUUUACAACAACGAGUUUCGAUGAAGGGUUAAAGAAGCUCUAUGGAGAAAACAUAGUCAUUGAAGAUGAUGGAAACACCGUUUAUUUAUCCAUUGUUAAUAACACCGGAGGGUCCGGGUUUAUCUCUCAAAACGUUUACGAAAGCGGGUUAUUUAGUGCUUCUAUCAAGCUGCCAUCACCCAACUACACUGCUGGUGUUGUUGUGGCAUUCUACUUGUCCAACAAUGAUAAAUUUGAGGGUCAUCACGACGAAAUUGAUUUCGAGUUCUUGGGUCAUGCUAACGGUCAAGAUUGGGUCUUGCAGACUAAUAUUUAUGGUAAUGGUAGCACAAGCAGAGGAAGGGAAGAGAGGUACACGUUAUGGUUUGAUCCGAGUGAAAUGGCUCAUAAGUAUAGUAUUUUUUGGGGCGAAAACCGGGUUAUUUUUUAUGUGGAUGAUGUCCCAAUUAGAGAGAAUUACAAGGUGAAUGGUUUGGGUGGGGAUUACCCGUCUAAGCCCAUGUCAUUGAUUGCUACUAUAUGGGAUGGAUCGGGUUGGGCUACGAAUGGAGGCCGGUUUAAGAUCAACCAUGAAUUUGACCCGUUUGUGGCUAGGUUCUCGGACCUUUUAAUCCGUGGGUGUGCAUCCGACCCGAAUCAGAAGCCUUCUAACUGUGAUGAUGUGAAUGUUUGCGGGAAAAUAACACUUCAAAACUUAAGGGAAUAUGAGGAGUUUAGGAAGCAACAUCUUGCAUACUCUUAUUGCCAUGAUAAGAACAGGUAUAACCAUCCUUUGCCUGAUUGUGUGGUUGGUCCAACUGGUGGUAGGCCUAGUUGAAACAUUAAUUAGUAUUCACAUUUGGAAGAUGAUUUUAUUGAUUAUUCAUAUUCUUUUCGAAUGAUUAUGCCCAAUGAUGUAUUUUAGUCAUUGCUAUGUUUCAUUAAUUCUUUUCAAAUAAAAAAUUCAUAUUUAGUACUCCCUCUGUUUCAUAUUUAGUAGAUGAUAAUUUAUAUUUGUUUAUGUAAUUACAUCAAUAGUUUAAAUUAUUCUUGUAAACCGGUUUAGUUAGUUUAACUUUAAAGGGGAGAGUGAAG